UGGCGUUGGGUGGAUACGCUGUUUCCACGAGCUCAAGGGUGAUCUAUUCUUCCCUCUCUAUUCCUGUGUGAAAAAAAAAACAAUGUUUAAAAAAGAACAUGGUUUAUUUAUCUUAUUUUCUCAGAGAGCACUAUGUUUUCUGCUAACUACUGAAAGUGCUCAGGUCAAGUGACUGAUAAUGAACUUGUCACAAAGGGUGUGUGCUCUUUGUUAACUCGUGCAACAUGUGCUAAGUUUAACUCGCGCCGGCUUGUGACGAGGUACAAUACAAACAAGGGCACGACCGCCUGGUUCAACUAGAAACCCAGGUUAAGCGUUACGCUGGAUUACCCUGGUGAUUUCAUCACUUCAUCUAACCCGAAGUCCACCGGACUUUCUCAUUAAGAUAAGCCCUCAAGAAGAGGGAAAAUCGAGUAUCAACGUCAGAUCUGAGCGACUGCUUGGAUCGUGAAGGAAAACCAUUCUCCAGUAUAUCGAAAAAGCACAAUAUUGAAUUAAACUAGAUGACGAGGAACCAAGAGGUAAAAGAAGUGAAGGAAGAAAAGAUCAUGAACAUAUGUAAUUGUUUGAUGCAAGAUUUCUCAUGUCUUGGAUUUAAUGGAUUUAUUGAACAACUACUCCAAUAAUUUUCAUAAGUAGAAAUAGAGUUCUACAGUUGACUCCGUAAUCAAAAUGAACGCCAGUAGUGUUUUAACUUGUGCUUUACAAACUUGGACAAUUAUAAUUUAUUUAUGGUGCUUUUUAUUUUCGCCGACAAUGGCAACAGAAGAUAACUCUACCAAAUGUAAAGAAGGGUUGUUAUUACCUCUGUGGCAGCCCAAUGGAAAUCUAAGCACUGGAGAUAUAGUAGCGAGAGGGAUUGUGUACUUUCUCGCCCUGGCUUACAUGUUUGUGGGUGUAUCGAUAAUAGCUGAUCGUUUUAUGGCUUCGAUUGAAGUUAUUACAUCCAAAGAAAAAGAAAUUGUCAUUAAAAAAACAAACGGCGAAAAACAGACCAUUAGCGUGAGAAUUUGGAAUGAGACCGUUUCUAAUCUUACUCUCAUGGCUUUGGGUUCUUCCGCACCAGAAAUUCUUCUUUCAAUCAUUGAAGUUUACGGUCAGAACUUUGAAGCAGGGGAAAUUGGCCCAGGAACCAUAGUUGGAAGUGCAGCCUUUAAUAUGUUUGUAAUCAUCGCCAUCUGUGUUUAUUCUAUCCCUGAAGACGAGAGUAGAAAAAUUAAGCAUCUGAGAGUAUUCUUUGUUACCAUGACCUGGAGCGUUUUUGCAUACAUCUGGCUCUAUCUUAUCUUAACCUGGUCGUCCUAUGGAGUCAUCGAGGUGUGGGAGGGUGUAACAACUUUUCUUUUUUUUCCUGCUACUGUCCUAACGGCUUACAUUGCUGAUCGGCGUCUUUUGAUUUACAAGUAUCUAUCUAAGAAGUAUCGGAUGAAGAAGAGCGGGAUGAUCGUGGGAUCAGAAGGGGAAGAUCUUGAGAUGGGGAGUACUAAGGCUAAUUACUUGCCUGAUGGAGACAUUACAAUUCUUGAAGAAGAUGGUAAUGAAGAAGUUCGAGAAUUUGAAGAACAUCGAAGGCUGUAUAUUAACAUUCUUCGAGAACUUCGCCAUAAAAAUCCCGACUCCCCAAUGGAUGAUUUAGAAUUGAUGGCCCGCGAGGAAAUUCUUAACCGUGGCCCAAAGAGCCGGGCCUACUACCGCAUUCAGGCUACUCGAAAAUUAACUGGAGGAGGUAACCUCAUGAAGCGGAAAUUUGAAAGGCGCGAGAUAAAGAAAGAGGAGAGCAUGCUGGAGAAAGAAGAAGUCAUUAUUAUUGGUUUCGAUCCUUGCCAUUACACGGUGAUGGAAAACAUAGGAGAAUUCGCCGUCACUGUCACCAGAGAUGGAGACACUAGCCACACAAUCUGUGUCGACUUCCAGACGGAAGACGGAACUGCUAACGCCGGUUCCGACUACGAGCAUGUGGAGGGUACUCUAGUGUUCCGCCCAGGGGAAGCCCAAAAACAAAUAUACAUCAAGGUUAUCGAUGACGAUGUUUUUGAGGAAGAUGAACACUUCUACGUGCGAUUAACUAACCCUAGGUACUUGGGCUCGGAUGGUCCGGCUGGUUCUAUGAAUGGCUCUAUUGGUAAUAUAGGACUGCGUCCUCUUAUUCAAUUGUCCACGCCAGCUCUCGCCACAGUGAUGAUUUUAGACGACGACCACAGUGGUAUAUUUGGUUUUCCGGAUGUGGAGGUCGAAACCUCUGAAUCGGUUGGAGUUUUAUCUUUAAAAGUGUGCCGAUACAGCGGAGCACGAGGCACUGUGAUUGUACCAUUCAGGACCAUAGAUGGUACCGGUAAGAGGAACAAGGACUUUGAAGAACUUACAGGGGAGCUUGUCUUCCAAGAUAAUGAAACUUGGAAAGAGAUCCCGCUUUGUAUCAUUGACAACGAAAGCUAUGAAAAGGAUUCGGUGCUCUAUGUAGAGCUUGGAGAUCCGAGACUGGAAGAAGAUGAUGAUGAAACCACCUUUCAAGACAUCAACAAGAAUUCCCCAAACGCUGAGCUAACAGAGGCUGAAAAGAUUGCAAUGUUAGGAAAGCCGAGACUGGGAGAACAAUACAAGGCUACCAUUCGAAUCAAAGAGAGUAAGGAAUUUAAGAAUACGGUGGACAAGCUGUUUCAAAAGGCUAAUGUAUCGCUGACAAUUGGAACCUCAUCUUGGAAAGAACAGUUCAUAGAAGCCAUCACUGUCAACGCAGGUGAUGGUGAAGAUGAACAUGACGGUGACGGUGAAGAGGAGAAAAUGCCAACAUGUUCUGACUAUGUCAUGCACUUCUUUACGAUUUUCUGGAAAGUUAUUUUUGCCUUUGUUCCUCCUACAGACUACGUGGAUGGGUGGCUCUGUUUUGUUUUUUCGAUUGUUGUGAUCGGUAUCCUCACCGCUUUAAUCGGUGACUUGGCUUCCCACUUCGGUUGCACUCUCGGUGUUAAAGACUCAGUUACUGCUAUUGUCUUUGUUGCUUUGGGUACCAGUAUUCCAGAUACUUUUGCCAGUAAGGUGGCGGCUGUCAACGAUAGAUACGCCGACUCUUCUAUUGGGAACGUGACAGGUAGUAACGCUGUGAACGUGUUUUUAGGAAUUGGGAUUGCAUGGUCCCUAGCAGCAAUCUACCACGCCAUCAAGGGUACAACAUUUACAGUUAAUCCCGGCAGCUUGGCGUUUUCUGUUACACUCUUCUGCGUUUGUGCGUUCAUCGUCGCGGUUGUCCUGAUGUUACGGCGUCAUAAGGCUGUCGGAGGGGAACUCGGAGGCCCAAGGAAGUACAAGCUACCGACUACGAUAAUGUUCUUCAGUUUAUGGAUCUUUUAUGUUCUCAUGUCGACUCUCGAGACAUACGGAAUUAUUGCUGGAUUUUAAAGAAUCAAUGGAAGACCUUCGGUCUUCAUCCAAGAUUGACUUUUUAGUUUUAUGAUAUUGCUGGAGUUGAAAAAAGUCUAGCUUUACCUAUCAAGAGGAAUGCCUGGAAAAUUAUUGUCGUUGUUUUACAUGAGAAUAUAUAAACACCUAGUGUUCGUUAACAAGAGGUAAUGGUUGGUUAAAGAUUCUUAUUGAUAAAAAAUAUAUAAGUUAGCGCCACCUAUGAAAAUAAGACUGAAACUCAAUGAAAGAAAGAAAAUUGAUAACAUAUAAUUAAGUUAUAGUCAGUGAGCGUUAUUGAAGGGAUCGUAAGUGCGUCUUUUCAUAUUUUAUUAGAAGUACGAGAAAAUGUCUGCAGAUGUUAUUUGUAUCCAUAUUUACAAACUUCAAUAUUUCACCACAUCUAGGUGGAUUUCAAAAUAUCAAUCCUUUAACGCUGUUUGCUCCGGCAUAAUUCUAUAAGUCGGGAGGGGUGGAAUGCCCAGAUGUUAACAACGUAAAGGAUACGUGGGUUGCGUAGAGUCUUUAUCGUAUAUGUAAUAUUUUAAACAAUGGUUCUUUCAUCUUCCGUGAAGCGUUAAUAACGUAUUAAACAUUGUCUUUACGUGAUCUCCACAUCACAAAGAAGGUUCCAAAAACAUUUCUAUCUAAACACUUUCUAUUAGUAUUAAUGUAUUCCACAAAUAGUCGCUGAAAUCCUGAUCGUUUAUCAAAGUGAAGAAUUAUAACCCAAUCAAGUGUCGUUUUCGAAUCUUCGAUAUUUGCCAAUGUUUUUGGCUCUUUAAAUGUCAGAAAAAUCUGUAAUUCUAACAGUAUUGCAAAAACUUUUACAUCUAUGUCCUUAAAGAUACUUUUUUCUUUAGUAAGCUCGUUGUGUAUUGAAAACUGGGCUCAUCAUCAGAAUUGUGAUUGGAAUUUUGAUGAUACUGUGUAAUUUUAAUCGUUCGGUAUUAGCCAAAAGAAUUGAAAAAUUAUGACCUGUUUGUUUUUAAAAUUACGGGUUUAAAAGCAGUGGAUGAGAUUAAUAUCUAGUCAAUAUAACAAUAAUAUUGUUAUGCUAUAAAAAGAAGAAACCUGUAAUUUCAAUUAUGAUUUAUGUGAUUCUAAAUUAAUACUAAUUGGAGAUAAUGAUGGGCAGAAUGGCAAUAUAUAUAUAUAUAUAUAACUGUUCCGAUUUUUGUUUCUGUGGGUUUAAGUUGUAUUUAAUAAUCAGUUAUAUUUCAAGUGGCAAUGUCGAAGCAAGAUAGGAAGUGUUUUUUUUAUUUAUUAUUAUUGUUUUUCUUUCACGUGCAACAGUAUAACAACUUUCACGUGCAACAUUUAACGAUUGUCUACAUAUUAUAAGUCAACAUUUUACCGUUGCUGACGAACCAAACUCCAAAACAUUAUUACACACUAAAAGGAUCAAACCCGAAGCCUGUGUAAUCCUCCAGAACUCACACGUUUUCUUUUUCAGGGUAUUUUUACACACAAACACACACAGCCUGUUUGUCUUUAUCUAAGCUAAUUACUUCCUUUAAAUCUGUAGUAGGAAGCUCCUUGCUAUAUACAUAUAUAUCACGUGACGACUAUAACGUUUCUUAUCGCCAACAAAUUGAAACAGGGGUAGGUAUAGAAGAAACACACAUAUACACAUUUCAAGUUAAUUGGAUAUGGUUUCUGUAUUGCAACUAUUUUCUCAGAAGCUUAUGUUUUUGUUUUUUAAUCCAUCCAUUCGAUACAUUAGCCCUAACUUUCCACUAUACACAGAUAUAGUGUAUUAGCUAUCCUGCACAUUGUUUUUACAUGAGAAAACGAAACAUAUUAAUACUAGAAAUAAACGACCCUAUAACACCAAAGUGUUGUUUUUAUUUAAUUAGACUCUCGGCGUUUUGCUUUACAGUUCCUAAAGGAGCGUUCACUAAAACAUAAACCAUAACUAACAGUACAAAGCUUCAAAUGGUUUAAAUAAUAAAUUCUAAUCGAAUCGAUAACGUACAUUUUUACAGCGUACAUUUAAUUAUUUCAACAACAAUUUUCUUUCAACAAUAAGCUUUACUACUUAAUAUGAAGCUUUGUGCUGUCAGUU